AAAAGGCUCAAAGGCGGGCCUAUGCGCUUUGCUCUAGAGCUAUAAAUGCAUUAGCUUGCGUUCAUUUUUCCCACAGGGAUCCAUAGUCGCACGGAAAGACAGAUACGCCCAGGAAACGUACGGACAGUCACAUACAGGUGAAUAAUGGCUCGUACCAAGCAGACCGCUCGUAAAUCCACCGGAGGAAAGGCGCCAAGGAAGCAGCUGGCAACUAAGGCUGCCCGGAAAAGCGCGCCAUCCACGGGUGGAGUGAAGAAGCCCCACAGAUACAGGCCUGGUACUGUUGCUUUGCGUGAGAUCCGUCGCUACCAGAAGUCCACUGAGCUGCUCAUCAGGAAGCUUCCUUUCCAGCGUCUUGUCAGGGAAAUCGCCCAGGAUUUCAAGACCGAUUUGCGGUUCCAGAGCGCAGCCAUUGGCGCCCUGCAGGAGGCCAGUGAGGCUUACUUGGUGGGUCUGUUUGAGGACACAAACCUGUGUGCCAUCCAUGCCAAGAGGGUGACCAUCAUGCCCAAGGACAUCCAACUGGCCAGGCGAAUCAGAGGAGAGCGUGCUUAAGCAUUUGGCUUUUAUUUUUUAAUUGUGUAGGGGGUUGGUUGGGUUAGGAUUGACUUGUUUUGUAAAUUGUGAACCAUUACCAGCAUGUGUAGCUCCCAAUUUGACACAUUUGUCUGUUUUUUUAUAUAUAUAUUUGACUCAACUAUGCUAUUCACUAUAGUAGUGCUUCAUCUGAAAACUCUUUUCUCUGCCUUUCUCAGGGCUGUUAGCUCAUCUUAUCCUGUGUGUGCAUGCCAUGGGAUUUCUUUCUUGUAAAUAAAAUUUCCACUACCUCAAA